AUGAACAACAGCAACUCUCCUCUUCGCAUCUUUGAUCUUUCGACUCUAUCUCUUUAUCCCAUUGAUUCCACCAUGGCCGACUCCAAACCUUCCGCCAAGAAGACCGACUCCAAACCUUCCGCCAAGACCGACUCCAAUGCUUCCACCAAGACCGUCGCCUCUACCAAGACCGAUGACUCUGCCGACCUCGCCAGCGUGACUUGUCUCGAUGCCUUGGAUCCCUCGAUUGCUGAUGGCUUCUGCGGUCUGGAAACAGUCUUGGUUCCUAACUGCACGAAGAUUCAAGUCUACGUCGAUGCUCGCAACAAGAUCAUCGAGUACCACUACGGACGUUACCAAAGUGCCGUGGACCACUUCGUGUCCAUCUUCAUCAUCCAACUCUCGUUCCAGGACUAUUGGGACUUCCUCUUCAACGCAUUCAUCUUUCUUGGGCCUGACGCCUUGGAGGAAGGGUUACCCCGCGAGGUCGUUCCAUGGAGACUGCUUCCAAGCGAGAUUCCGGGUUGA